ACAAGUUAAGAAGAUGACCCUCAGAGUCCCGUUCCAAAUCACACACACGGCGGCACACCGGAGCCACCUCUGUUCCCGACCGAUGAGUAACUAAUACUCACCGGUGGAUGGGCACAAGGGGUGGCUCGUUCCAUGUAGCCGCCGCUGUUUAAAGUGUCAUACGGCACUUCCUAUCAAUUUGGGUAUGCUUCCUCACUGGAUCCAAUAAACCCUAAACCAUAAACAAACCCAGAACCCAUAAACACCAACAAAACCCUGAAAAACCCAGAAACCCCAAUUUGAGAAGAGAGACGGAACAAACCAUUCCAUUGGUGAGUGAUUCUAGAGAGCGGAGGAGAGAGUUUAUAUAGGGAAGCAUAGUCCUCCUAAACCCUAAUUGAGAAAAUGGGCCUCAUUUUGGCUGGUUGUCCAGCCCAACUUGGCGGGUCACCUAUAUAAAUUGGGCUUUAACCGGUUGAACCGGCCGGCAAAGAGUCCUCCUUUGCAAUUUCAAAGCUCUUGGAUUUUGAAAAUUUCUGAAGCAUUUGGUGGGUCUCUGAAAAGCAAAAGAAGAAAGUGGGUGGAGGAAUGUCGAUGGGGAGUGAUAGUACCUGGGUGGGGAAGAAGCCUCUGAGACGAAUCGGAGGCAUGUCCGAUGCUCUCUCUAUUGCUUCGGAUCUUGGUUUCUCAGUCGCCGCUGCUCCCACUCCGGAAGAGCUUCAGCGCUGGUCGAGUAGUACUGGUGAGAAAGGUGAUGACUUGAUAAGGGUUCUGAGGGAACUUACCAGCGUGCAAAGGAAAAUAGCAGAUCUGCAAGUUGAACUUCAAGGGAGAAAAGAUGAUAAAAAUGUAUCACAUUUGACACAUGUGAGCGAAAUGGAAAAGAAGUGUGAAACUCUAUCGAGGAUUACUACGAUUCUAAAAGACGUCAUUCAGAACAAGGAUCGUAUCAUUGCUCGUCUCCAACAACCAUAUUCACUCGAUUGUAUUCCAGUGGAAGCAGAGUAUCAGAAACAAUUCUCUGAAUUACUGAUGAAGGCUGCUAGUGAUUAUGGAGCAUUAACAGCUUCAGUUGCCGAUUUCCAGUGGAGCCAGACAUUUAAGGAGCCUCCUUCAGUAUGGGGGGAAAUGCUUCGUCCAAUUCCUGUUGCCUUAGCAUCAUGCACCAGGUUUUUCGAAGCAAUGUCUGCUAUGAGGGAGUCGUUUGCAACACUUCAACAUCUCAGAGUAGGUCAUUCUGAUACCUCUUCUCCUAUCACACCAGCCAAGGAUUCCAGAAGAGUACCAGGGGUUUCCGAUUGUGUAACUCCGCCUCCCUGGAAAACUGAACCAAGCUUUGAUGAAGUGGCUAUCAAAAGCUCAAGAAGGACGGAUAUCAAGCAUCAAGAAGCAGAAAAUGAAAGUGAGCUGGACGGCUCUAGCCACAGGAGAUUGUCCUGGCCUCCUUCAGUUAAAAAGGCUGCUACUUAAAAGCUGACUUUUGUUGUGAGCCAAUGUAUGUUUUGAUGUGAAAAUUGAAAUAGGUCAUGCAUUGUAAUAUAGCACAGCAGCCUCUGCAUACACUUCCCAUAUUGAACUUGAAAAACAUGAGUUUGUGCAGUAAUACAUGUGAUUCUGUAAGUUCUGAACUUGAAAAACAUUAGUUUGUGCAGUGGUACAUUUGAUUCUAUUA